CAUUGGAUAACGCUCGGCAGGCUUCUUGCUAGCUGUCAAUCUAAUUGCAAGGGAUCUGGCCCAUGUGCCGAAAAAGUCAUGGCUCAGCUUCAAGAAAACUGUUGCUUUCAAACUAGGGAUUUAGUGGUUAAUUGCGGUAAAACAAUAAUUCUGCUCAUAUGAACAACACAUAGACACAUCCAGCGCAAAGCGGGAGGUUUAAAAAAAUACUUUCUUAGUCGCCAAAGUACCAGAGCAUGUCUAACUUUUGGUUGAAUGUGACUUCACUUCCGUUUAAUCUAAUAGGCUUUCUUACUUGCGUAGAUUUGACUUUUUUGUAUACAAAGUCAUUGGACUGGACAAGGGCAAGACACAGCCAGUGAUAAAAAUGAUUUGAAAUGAUGUCGCUCUUUAACAGCUUUAAAUGUUGAACAGUUUGAGUCACCAAUGACACUUGCAGGGCGGGGAGAUAGCCUACAUAGAGGGAAAGCAUGCACUUAGACACGUAGACUAAUAACUCUGGACAUUGUUUCAAGCGACGUUCAAAGAUGCUUCUCGUGCUAUGCGCGCUGUCGGUGGUGGUCGUGGCAGAGGAGACGCACUGUGGUGGCACGCCCGACCGAUUGUGUGAUGUGAAACCUGAGGCAGUCUACUACAAGGAACCACCGAUCACAGAUUCAGAGGUGUCGUACAAGCAGUUGAAGACUAUGUUUCCCAGCAGCAGUAUUCAACUGUUUGACGUCCGCAAUCCAGAUGAGUUUGAAGCUGGACAUAUUCCUGGCUCCACCAAUGUCCCACUUGGGGAACUCCAGGAGGCUCUGAGACUGAGCUCAGACCAGUUCAAACAGAGGUUUGGAGUACGUGCCCCUCAUAAGGAGGAUAGCAGCAUUGUGGUCUACUGCCAGAGAGGUAGACGGAGUGCUACUGCACUUGACAUAAUGUGGGCUCUGGGAUUCAGCAGAGCUCGUCACUAUGCUGGAGGAUACAGUGACUGGGUCCAGCGUGAAGAGCAGUGAGGCAGAGGAGGCACUAGGUGUAAUUUGGGAGAGGGGAAGCGCUGUGACCAUGAAGUAAUCCAUGUCCCUGUCCUCCUCCUCCACUGUUACUCCUCUGUGGUGGAGCAUGGGCCUGGCUCUUCUAGAGGGUGGAGGGGUUGUUUCGUGGAAGCCCCCCUCGAUGAACUGCCACGUCCACAGGGUCCUGCGCUGGUCUUCUACACCGCUGUGAAUAUAGGAACGUCCCAUUUUAAACACUUGGAGGGGAAAAGGGGUUGCAUAGCAGCUUGGCAUCACAAGAUGCGUCAAUCGAAGCCACCAAGCUACACUGCAGUCCCGAUUUAUAGCCACCUGAGGGCAUCGGAGACUUUCAUUUCGAGACCUCUGGACCAGGCUCAAAUAUAGCUAUGAAGUGAGUGAGCUGUUAAGGUAAGAUUUGUGGGUCUCAUCUUACAGAGCACCGGUGUCUGUAUGGUCCCUCCCAGCACUCCCAGAAUCCCACUCGCAAUGGACAGUCAUUAUGAGAGGCUCACUGGCUGACAAAACCGAGAGAGCUCGUUAGAAAUCGGUAUUACAGUAGCUGACGUGUACACUCUUAGAAAAAAGGGUUCAUCGGCGACAUAGGAGAACUGUCCACAUAGGAGAACCCUUUUUGGUUCCAGGUAUAACUCUUGGGUUCCAUGUAGAACCCUAUGUGGAAAGGGUUCUACCUGGAACCAAACCGGGUUCUGCUAUGGGGACAGACAAAGAACCCUUUUAGAACAAAAGGUGCCAUCUAGAACCUGAGAGUAUAGGUUAGCGUGAGACUUCCUAUGCUUCUAUGUCAGAACAACUUGGCGUAGCAGAAAAGGGUGUGUAGUGCACACUAGCCUGGUUUGGAGCUUGGCGGAAGUGGGCAGUAUCUGUUUGUGUGUCCAAAUAAAGGUGCUCCUUCAGAGUCCCAAGCGGGAAGGUUGUGAGAGAACAGCAGUACAGCCCAGCAUCAUCCUUCUGUGUCUCUCUUAACGUGUAUCCAUGCAUCGUCACAGCAGAGACACUGUCGAUAUAAUCCUUCUCCACGAAAACAGGGUAGUUUGUGUUAGAAACCAGAAUCCUACGGCCAUCUCACCUGUAAAUCCACCCCCCCCCCCCUCCCCUUCUCCAGACAGCUCGCAGAACCGUGUCACAGCAUAACCAGUCUUUGCCGUGAUGUUACCAGAAGUUCUCAACCCGGUCUGCAAAAGAACCUUGAGGGGGAUGGAUGUGUGGAGUCUAAAUGACUGCUGUAGGUUAUGACAAUCUUUUUGGAUGGUCUUAUCGUGUUGAAGGAUCUGACAUCAACAUACACGUCUAACUUUUUGUUCUCUAUCCUCAUGAAAAAAAAAAAAAUCUAUUUUUUUGUUGUUCAAGUGGAAUAUUGAAAAUGUUCCUGUUAUUUCAGCUCUGUUUGAGUUUGUUCCUAAUUGCUGUACAUAUUGUUGUUGGACAGUGACCCUGUUGAUAAUCUACUGGAUUUCCAGUCUUUAGUUUGUUUACAUUGUUAUGUGUUUACAUUAUGUGGUAUUUCAUUUCAAUGUCCUCUCCCAUUUAUGGAAUUAUAGCCAAUAUACUAAUUAGAAACAGUAUAUAUAUAACUUCUCACAACUAAAAGGAUUUCAUAAUAUCUGUACAUUAUAGGAACAGGUGUGACUACAAAAGUACAAUGAUGGUUUGCUUGAGAUUAAGAAUCAGUGGUAGACACAUUGCAAGUGCAUGAAGAGGUCAACUGUAUAAAGUCAUAUGCCUGUGUGUUGAAACUAUACUUUUUGGUAUCGGCUGGAUGAAGGGAACUAAGAGUCCCUGUUGAUUCUAUGUUAGCAAUAAGAGGAAGAAGGACGGUAAACUAACUGCCAAUAACAAAAUAAGCUGAACUCUGCCUAGCAGAGACCACUUUGUAUUAGCAACUGAUAAUUAUCAGAGUUUAUAUGGUAUUAAAGUUAAGGGACAUCACCCUGGGCAGGAUGAACCAUAGUAGGGGAUAAAAAGGGAAAACACCAUCUUGAGAACGGAGUGUCUCGCUUGCAAAUUACUGUAAGUGUGUACUCCGGGUUGCAAUCCUUAUUAAACAAACUAUCCUCUGAUAAAA